AUGAUGGGCUUGUGUGAAUAUUGUCCCUUGGUUGAGCGUUAUGUCUGUAUCCCUAUCCCUUUUGAGCCAGAUUUUUUGGAGUCCUCCCGCCUUAAUAAAUUUGGUCUCAAGUGCCCUAAGAUAACCACUUUAGCACUGAAUGGUUGCAAGAUGUAUACUUAUGUGCGAGGCGGCGAUGAUCGUCCUUUUGACUUUGGCAUGCUGUUCAAGGUGUUUCACGAGUUGAAAUAUGUUGACUUUUCAGGAUGCACGGGGCUAACUGGCAGGGAGCUUGUGACCGGUGGUGGUGGAAAUAAUCUGGAGGUCAUGAUUUUACGUAACUGUGAACAUCUCAAACAAGUGGCGGUUGAGCAGUUUAUAGAAGCCCUUAUUGGAGGACAUUUGAGGCUCCUAAGACAUCUUGACAUAUCAAACAUAAAAGGUCUAGCACUUGAUGAUGGAGGGACCCAGAGAAGUUUUCGUGUGAGUCCCAUUCUCAUACAGCAACUGUUGGAACAAAGGCCUAAUUUCUGCCUUGUGGCUGAAUUUUCCGAUCCAAGUUGACCAAACUUCAAAGUAGCAGGCAUUAUCAAUCAAUCUACACAUCUCUAUAUUUUCCAUGUGCAGUUGUACAGCACUCAACUGUGUUUCAUCGUUCUUCCUUUUUUCACGGCAGCCUUGAGUUGUGCAUCAACAUAUACACUCAUGUUAUUAAGUAUGAAAUCAUUAUGUCAAUUAUUGUCCACAGGAUUAGAGGAG